AAUUAAUUUACUCUUGGACAACUAAAAAUUGUUGUGCCCGCAUUUCGGACGUUCUUCUUUGUUACGUUGUCGCAAUCCAUUGCUGCGUAAAAUGUGUUAAGAAAAUUUUUUACUUGAGCUCAACUAUGCAACCCUGAAUUAAAAGCGACGCACAAUUGCUGACAACCCAUCCUUGGCUUGAUGCGGAACAUCAUCGGCCCGAGUCUGCAAACGCUAUUGACCGCGAAAAGGCGAGGACAGCCGAAAUGGAGGAAAAUCAAACAUCGGAAAGUGUCGCUGUGUUACCGGACAUGUCCGAACCGUUGACGAGCGAGUCCGAGGAGACGUCUGCCCUGACGACAGAACACGAAGCCCAUCCUGUAGCCGUCACUUCCGUACCGGGUGUAACUGGUGUUCAAGGAGUUGGUGUACCGGUUUCCUUACCUGUCGGCUCCAUCAUCGGAGUAGCAAACGCCUCCAAUGGAGCUACCUUCAACGUCAUCACCUCCGAUCAAUUACAGAUGUUAUGCGUGGACAAUAGUUUCAUAUGUGAGCCCCGUCACGACAAGGAUAGCGAUCCACUACGUUGGAAUGGUGAGCUGAAAGCAACGCAUAUUGUAAUUCAAAAUAGUGCCGACGACACCGAUGCUGAACAACUUCAUGUAUCUGCUUCUAAUGUACAGCCAGUGUGUAGCUGGUCGGAAUCGGCCAGUAUGGCUGUAUUGCCAGUCAGGUGUAAAAAUACAAAUGCCGAACUACAUAAAAGUAGAUUUGGCUCAGGUGGUAGGGGACGUUGUAUAAAAUUGGGCCAGGAAUGGUAUACGCCAAGUGAAUUCGAAGCACUCUGUGGAAGAGCAUCCAGCAAAGAUUGGAAGCGCAGUAUUCGCUUUGGUGGAAGAAGUUUACAGACACUUAUUGAUGAACAAAUUUUAAAACCUCACGCCACUUCUUGUACAUGUGCGGCAUGCUGUGACGAUGAUAGUGCUACUGGUCCAGUUCGUUUGUUUACACCUUAUAAAAGAAGAAGAAGAGCUAGAGAUCAUUCGGAUAGUGAAACACCAUCGCGUAAGCAUAAAAGUGAUAAUUCACGGGACGGUAGUAAUAAUGAUAGCGACAGUGAAGUUGUUGGUCCAGUUAAAGAAGUUUGGUCACAGUUUGUUUCUGAAGAUGGUUUAGUUGUACAUCAAUCAGAACAAGACACCGUUCAAGCAGAAAAUGGACAAGCGGAUGAUGUCUUUCGAAAAUUGGAUGAUAUGUCAAAUAAGAUGUUGAAAAUUGCCUGUGAUUUUAAACGUACUUUGGACGAAGCAAAAGAAUUAUAUAAACAACAAAGACGAGAACAAGCACUUGUCGCUCAAUUAGGUGGAAGGGGAGAUGUAAUAGAGACUGUUGGCUUGCAACCUGCUCUUGAUACUCAUAAUAAAAAGUGCUCUAAUUGCAAUCGAGAAGCGUUCGCGGAAUGUUCAUUGUGUAGGCGUACACCCUAUUGUUCAACUUUUUGUCAGCGAAAAGACUGGAGCGUUCAUCAAGGAGAAUGUGUAAGAGGAGCAGCCGAAACUGUAAUGUUGAUAGUUGAAAGCAGUAGCGCUGAUGCAAGUGCUUUAGGAACAACUGGCGGGGACCAAUAGCUAUUGUUUCGCUCAUCUAUUCAUUGUCAGUGUCACUCAAAAUAUUAUAUUUCAAAAAUUUCAUUAUCUUUCAUAAAAAAACAAAACAUUAAGAAAAUAAGAUUCCGACAAGUGAAAAUACUUAAAUACUUAAUGUUUAAAAACUGAAACUUAAAGAACACGUGGGAUUGAAUCCUUAAAAAUUCCUUUCACGUCAAUUCAUUUAUUUUUGCUACAGUUUUUUUAAGGAAUCGUAAAAUUAGGACUUUUUUUACUAUAAGUUAUUUUUUUGUAUUAUUAUUUUUGUAAUUUUAAGAUUUUUUUUUAAUCUUUAAGAUAUUUGUAAAAAUUUGAAACGAUAGUUAAAAAAACACAUUUUUUUAGUUAAAAAGGAAAUUAAGGGAAGUAAUUAAAUAAAUUUAAAAAUGUUUAAUAUUUAUUAGCAAUGAAAAAAAUAAAAAUUUAUUAUAGUUUUAGAUUUUUUUAAAAUUUAGAUUAUUGUCGCCUGGAGAUAUUUUCUUUUAUCUAAAUCGAAUCAUUAAACAAGAUUUUAAAGAACAUAAUUUCCUUUUCACUUUUCCUUGUUAACUAAAUAUUAUACAUUUGUGUAUAUUCAUUUAUCUAGAAAAAAAAAAUUAUAUGUAUAUAAUUCAUUUAUUCACAUAGGUAUAUAUGUAUAUCGAAAUAAGCAAGUGUAUUCUUUAGUUUUAAAAGGCUACACUUGCGCUCCAAAAAAAUCAACCAAAGUUGACUGAUUUUUUAUAAUUGUGUGUGAAAAAAUCAUUGUAAAUUCACUUUGUACAUAUAAUCAUGUAUUCUAUAAUUUAUUUGAUUCACAAAAUACACGAUCCAUUAUUUCACUCA